AACAUUCAGUAGCGCUUAGAGCGCUCCAGAGUGUGGAUCAAAAAAAGGGAGGGGAACAGUCGGUAGUCAGCUUAUAUAUGAUUAAACAAAAUUAACUCGGCUUUAAAGGCAACCGACAGCAGAGGUCCCUGGACUAUCGCCUUCGGAGACUUUCCGGUCACCGUUGGCGGCCUGACCAGAGUCGUGGUGACAAUUUAAAGGCUGUUCCUGCUCACAAAGCGGCGUGCCGAGGAAGGACGCGUCUCUUUGAAUAGACAGGAUGCACGGACCGCCCUCCGGCGACAGCGCAUGCCCAUUGCGCACGAUCAAGAGAGUUCAAUUCGGCAUCAUCAGCCCAGAUGAACUUAGACGGAUGUCCGUCACAGAAUGGGGAAUCAAGUACCCCGAAACAACAGAAGGAGGACGUCCGAAACUUAGUGGCCUUAUGGAUCCGAGACAAGGGGUCAUAGAGCGAACUGGGAGAUGUCAGACAUGUGCAGGCAACAUGACUGAAUGUCCAGGUCACUUUGGUCACAUAGAACUAGCAAAACCAGUUUUCCACGUUGGCUUCAUAUCAAAGAUUAUGAAGGUUCUUCGGUGUGUCUGCUUCUUUUGCUCCAAGCUGCUAGUGGAUUCAAACAAUCCCAAGAUCAAAGACAUCCUCGCAAAAUCCAAAGGGCAACCCAGGAAGCGUUUGACCCACGUCUACGAGUUGUGCAAAGGAAAAAACAUCUGUGAAGGCGGAGAGGAGAUGGACAACAAAUUUGGAAUGGAGCAGCAGGAGACAGAGGAGGAUCUCACCAAGGAGAAGGGUCACGGGGGCUGUGGACGCUAUCAACCACGCAUUAAACGCUCCGGCUUGGAGUUGUAUGCUGAGUGGAAACACGUUAAUGAGGACUCGCAGGAGAAGAAAAUCUUGCUGAGUCCUGAGCGUGUGCAUGAGAUCUUCAAGCGCAUCGCGGAUGAAGAAGACAUCAUCUUGGGCAUGGACCCCAAGUUCGCCCGACCAGAGUGGAUGAUUGUAACUGUGCUGCCUGUGCCUCCACUGUCUGUAAGGCCUGCUGUAGUGAUGCAGGGCUCAGCUCGCAACCAGGAUGACUUGACCCACAAACUGGCCGACAUCGUCAAAAUCAACAACCAGCUUAAAAGAAACGAGCAGAGUGGUGCGGCUGCUCACGUCAUAGCUGAAGAUGUGAAGCUGCUUCAGUUUCAUGUUGCCACUAUGGUGGACAAUGAAUUGCCAGGCUUGCCAAGAGCGAUGCAAAAGUCUGGCCGCCCUCUCAAGUCCAUAAAACAGCGUCUAAAGGGGAAGGAGGGGAGAGUGCGAGGUAACCUGAUGGGGAAGCGUGUGGACUUCUCAGCUCGAACCGUCAUCACCCCAGAUCCCAACCUGCAAAUUGACCAAGUGGGCGUACCACGAUCCAUUGCUGCCAACAUGACCUUCCCAGAAAUUGUCACACCUUUCAAUAUAGACAGAUUGCAAGAACUGGUACGACGAGGAAACAGCCAGUAUCCCGGAGCCAAAUACAUCAUCCGCGACAAUGGAGACAGAAUUGACCUGCGAUUUCACCCAAAACCAAGUGAUCUUCAUCUGCAAAUUGGCUACAAGGUGGAGAGACACAUGUGUGACGGGGACAUUGUCAUUUUCAACCGACAACCUACACUACAUAAAAUGUCCAUGAUGGGGCACAGGGUGCGGAUUCUGCCGUGGUCCACAUUUCGACUCAACCUCAGUGUCACCACGCCCUACAAUGCUGACUUUGACGGCGAUGAAAUGAACCUCCACCUGCCACAGUCGCUGGAGACGAGGGCAGAGAUUCAAGAGUUGGCCAUGGUGCCUCGUAUGAUCGUCACACCGCAGUCCAACAGGCCCGUCAUGGGUAUCGUGCAGGACACUCUGACUGCUGUUCGCAAAUUCACCAAAAGGGACGUCUUCUUGGAGAGGGGUGAAGUGAUGAAUCUCCUCAUGUUCCUCUCCACCUGGGAUGGGAAAAUGCCUCAGCCGGCCAUUCUCAAACCUCGUCCUCUGUGGACUGGCAAGCAGAUCUUCAGUCUAAUCAUUCCAGGACACAUUAAUGUGAUCCGCACACACAGCACCCACCCUGACGACGAGGACAGCGGUCCUUAUAAGCACAUAUCACCCGGCGACACUAAGGUUAUAGUGGAGAAUGGUGAGCUGAUCAUGGGCAUCCUGUGUAAGAAGUCCCUGGGAACAUCAGCUGGCUCCCUCGUCCACAUCUCCUACCUGGAAAUGGGCCAUGAUAUCACCCGACUCUUCUACUCCAACAUUCAGACUGUGGUCAACAACUGGCUGCUCAUCGAGGGUCAUUCCAUUGGUAUUGGUGACUCCAUUGCUGAUGCCAAGACGUACCUUGACAUCCAGAAUACGAUCAAGAAAGCCAAACAGGAUGUGAUAGAAGUCAUUGAGAAAGCUCACAACAACGAGCUGGAGCCGACCCCUGGUAACACACUGAGGCAGACCUUUGAGAACCAGGUGAAUCGCAUCCUUAACGAUGCUCGAGACAAAACGGGAUCCUCUGCCCAGAAGUCUUUGUCCGAGUACAACAACUUCAAGUCCAUGGUGGUGGCUGGAUCUAAGGGCUCAAAGAUUAACAUCUCACAGGUUAUUGCUGUGGUGGGGCAGCAGAACGUGGAGGGUAAGAGAAUCCCGUUUGGCUUCAAACAUCGCACAUUGCCUCACUUCAUCAAGGAUGACUACGGUCCUGAGAGCAGAGGUUUUGUGGAGAACUCCUACCUGGCCGGCCUGACACCAACAGAAUUCUUCUUCCACGCCAUGGGAGGCAGAGAGGGUCUGAUUGAUACAGCUGUCAAGACAGCUGAGACUGGUUACAUCCAGCGUCGUCUGAUCAAGUCUAUGGAGUCUGUGAUGGUGAAGUAUGAUGGCACAGUGCGGAACUCCAUCAAUCAGGUGGUGCAGCUGCGAUACGGUGAGGACGGCCUGGCAGGAGAGAAUGUAGAGUUCCAAAAUCUGGCAACAGUGAAACCCUCGCACAAAGCCUUCGAAAAGAAGUUCAAGUUUGAUUGCACAAAUGAGCGAGCACUGAGGCGAACGCUGCAAGAAGACGUGGUGAAAGACGUGAUGACCAAUGCUCAUGUCCAGGGCACCUUGGAAAGGGAGUUUGAUAAGAUGAAGGAGGACAGGGAGAUCCUGCGAGCAAUUUUCCCUACUGGUGACAGUAAGGUGGUGCUGCCGUGCAACCUGGCCAGAAUGAUCUGGAACGCUCAGAAGAUCUUCCGAAUCAACCCUCGAACUCCGACAGACCUCCAUCCUCUCAGAGUGGUCGAGGGUGUUCACGACCUGAGUAAGAAGCUGGUGAUUGUGAAUGGCGACGACCCUCUGAGUAGACAGGCCCAGCAGAACGCCACCUUGCUCUUUAACAUCCACCUGCGCUCCACACUGUGCUCCAAGCGCAUGACCGAGGAGUUCCGGCUGUCCACCGAGGCUUUCGAUUGGCUGCUGGGAGAGAUUGAGACCAAGUUCAACCAGUCUAUUGCUCACCCCGGUGAGAUGGUGGGUGCUCUGGCUGCUCAGUCUCUGGGAGAGCCAGCCACUCAGAUGACCCUGAACACUUUCCACUACGCCGGCGUGUCGGCCAAGAACGUAACACUCGGUGUGCCCCGUCUGAAGGAGUUGAUCAACAUUUCGAAGAGGCCAAAGACGCCUUCACUGACUGUUUUCCUGCUGGGUCAGGCGGCACGUGACGCAGAGAGGGCCAAAGAUAUCCUCUGUCGGCUGGAGCACACAACACUGAGAAAAGUGACGGCCAACACCGCCAUCUACUACGAUCCCAACCCACAGAACACGGUGGUGGCCGAGGACCAGGAGUGGGUGAACGUCUACUACGAGAUGCCCGACUUCGAUGUGACACGAAUUUCGCCGUGGCUCCUGCGCAUCGAGCUCGACCGGAAGCACAUGACAGAUCGCAAACUGACUAUGGAGCAGAUUGCAGAGAAGAUCAAUGCAGGUUUUGGAGAAGACCUCAACUGCAUCUUCAACGACGACAACGCUGAGAAGCUGGUGCUGCGAAUCAGAAUCAUGAACAGUGAUGAAAACAAGUUCCAGGAGGACGAGGAGGUGGUGGACAAGAUGGAUGACGACGUCUUCCUGAGGUGCAUCGAGUCCAACAUGCUGACGGACAUGACUCUGCAGGGCAUCGAGCAGAUCAGCAAGGUGUACAUGCACUUGCCCCAGACUGACAACAAGAAGAAGAUCAUCAUCACAGAGGACGGUGAGUUCAAAGCCCUGCAGGAGUGGAUCCUUGAGACGGACGGAGUGAGUCUCAUGAGAGUGCUCAGCGAGAAAGACGUCGACCCCGUCAGGACCACCUCCAACGACAUUGUGGAGAUAUUCACGGUCUUGGGAAUUGAGGCUGUGCGAAAGGCUCUGGAGAGGGAGUUGUACCACGUCAUCUCCUUCGACGGUUCCUACGUCAACUACCGCCACUUGGCUCUGCUCUGUGACACCAUGACCUGCCGAGGUCACCUGAUGGCCAUCACCCGUCACGGCAUCAACCGCCAAGACACGGGACCGCUCAUGAAGUGUUCCUUCGAGGAGACGGUGGAUGUGUUGAUGGAGGCGUCAUCCCAUGGAGAGUGCGAUCCCAUGAAGGGUGUGUCAGAGAAUAUCAUGCUUGGCCAGCUAGCACCAGCGGGGACCGGCUGCUUCGACCUACUGCUGGACGCUGAGAAGUGCAAAUACGGCAUGGAGAUUCCCACAAACAUACCCGGCAUCAGCGUGGCUGGACCCACGGGAAUGUUCUUCGGCACUGUGCCCAGUCCCAUGAGCGGCAUGUCCCCUGCUAUGACCCCAUGGAACACCGGAGCUACCCCAGCCUAUGGCGCUUGGUCUCCCAGUGUUGGCAGCGGCAUGACCCCUGGAGGAGCAGGGUUCUCCCCCAGUGCAGCAUCAGACGCAAGUGGCUUUUCUCCUGGUUACUCCCCUGCUUGGUCUCCCACUCCUGGCUCUCCAGGAUCUCCGGGACCUGCCAGCCCAUACAUCCCAUCUCCAGGUGGAGCCAUGUCACCAAACUACUCCCCCACUUCCCCCGCCUACGAGCCUCGUUCCCCAGGUGGCUACACCCCACAGAGCCCGGGCUACUCCCCUACCUCUCCGUCCUACUCCCCCACAUCUCCCUCUUACUCUCCCACCAGCCCCAACUACAGCCCGACAUCUCCUUCCUACUCGCCCACCUCGCCCAGUUACUCCCCAACUUCUCCUUCCUAUUCGCCCACGUCUCCUUCCUACUCGCCGACGUCUCCCUCCUACUCCCCCACCUCUCCCUCCUACUCCCCCACCUCCCCCUCCUACUCUCCCACUUCGCCCAGCUAUAGUCCGACGUCGCCGAGCUACAGCCCGACGUCGCCCAGCUAUUCACCCACCUCACCUUCUUACUCUCCCACCUCGCCUUCUUACUCCCCCACCUCUCCAUCCUAUUCGCCCACCUCCCCUUCGUACUCCCCCACGUCUCCUUCCUACUCGCCGACCAGCCCGAGCUACAGCCCCACAUCACCAAACUACACCCCCACCUCACCCAGUUACUCCCCUACCUCCCCAUCUUACUCCCCGACAUCGCCGUCUUACUCCCCAACGUCUCCCAACUACACCCCGACCAGCCCCAACUACUCACCCACUUCUCCCUCGUACUCACCCACCUCUCCGUCAUACUCGCCUUCCAGUCCACGCUACACCCCGCAGUCGCCCACUUAUACGCCCAGCUCACCAUCAUACAGCCCCAGCUCGCCCUCUUACUCCCCCACCUCACCCAAAUAUACUCCGACCUCGCCUUCAUACAGCCCCAGCUCCCCAGAGUACACUCCCACCUCCCCCAAAUAUUCCCCCACGUCACCCAAGUACUCCCCAACAUCGCCAAAGUACUCUCCCACUUCUCCUACUUACUCUCCGACGACUCCAAAAUACAGCCCCACCUCUCCCACCUACUCCCCCACCUCCCCCACCUAUACCCCCACCAGCCCCAAAUACUCUCCUACAUCCCCCACUUACUCCCCAAACUUCACCAAAUACUCACCCACAUCUCCCACGUACUCGCCGACUAGUCCCAAAGGCUCGACAUACAGCCCCACCUCCCCUGGAUACAGCCCCACCUCCCCCACCUACAGCCCGGCCAUCAGCCCUGACGACAGCGACGAGGAGAACAACUGAUGAGCUGCGCAGGAGAAGGGGAGGCGGCUAAAAGAAAUAACAGAACGGGGACGAAGCUCCAUCGCCUCGUGGGAGACAACUAAACGGACAGCAUCUUUAAACAGCUGGAGGUGACGGAGCUUUUAGCCACUGGAGGGUCCCAGCUGUGAUCAUUUCCUGUGAGGAAAACUCAAGCCUGGGACCAUCCGAAGGAGCUGCCACCCCC